UAACAGCGUCUUUGGAUAGCAAUUAUGCAGAACAUGCAGUUCAAUAGAUACCCAUUCUUUGCCUUGUGGCUAUCUCCUUCAGCUUGUGGCUAUCACCUCCAAGAGAAUAUCUAAUUUAUAGCACCAAAUCCUCAAAAGCGUGCUCUGAAAUGGCUACACUUUUCCAAAUUUCUGCAUUUUUGGCUCUCCUUGUUCUUAUCCAAGCCGAUGAUCCAUCAGGUUUCAUGAGUAUUGAUUGUGGGUUACCAGCAAAUUCAAGCUAUAUUGAUGCUAAAACAGGGCUCAAAUAUGUCUCUGAUGCUGAGUUCAUCGAUACCGGUGAAAUCAAGAACAUAUCAGCUGAAUUCAAGAACAAAACAUCAGAGAAUCAAUUCAGGAAUCUAAGAAGCUUUCCUGUCGGAAUCAGAAACUGUUACACCAUAAGAACACCAAAGGGUGGGAGGAAUAGGUACUUGAUCCGAGUGAGUUUCAUGCAUGGAAACUAUGAUGGUGAAGCACGGCCAACAUUUGAUCUAUCUCUUGGAGUUGAUUAUUGGGAUUCAGUUGUUAUAAAGAAUGGUGAUACAAGAGUAACAAAAGAACUGAUACAUGUCCCUCUGUUGGAUUAUGUGCAAAUAUGUCUGAUAGAUGUUGGAAUAGGAGUGCCUUUUAUAUCAGCAAUAGAGAUUAGGACUCUGGAUAAUAGCACUUAUGUAGCGGAAUCUGGAUCCUUGAUGCUUCACGAGCGGCUAGACUAUGGUCUAGCUCCCAACCGAGCCAUAAGGUAUCCUAACGAUAGUUACGAUCGGAUAUGGUCGCACUCGGCCGCACCUCACUUGCGAAUCAUAACAUCUUCUAACGAUUCGAUUACAUCAAAUGUAUUUGCAGUUCCAUCUACCGUCAUGGCAACUGCAGUUACACCAACAAAUCCCAAUCAGUCCCUG